CGCGUUCAUGCCGUUAUCAAUGACUCUUUAUGGAUUUGCACCAGCUGCAUCGCCGCUGCUGCUGCUGCUGCUGUUGUUGUUGUCGUCGCCCUGCCCGGUGGCGGCCGAUUGAAUCCAUGAGCUCUUAACCACCAGAGGAGCUUCCUCCUCCAUCAGCUUCUCCUCAUCCUCAUCCCGCCAGCAGCAGCCGCCGCUUUCCUCUCGAGUCCUGUCGUCGAGCAGCAGCGCGGACGAGCUGGGGGGGAAUCCGGGGAAAGGGAGCCGCGGCGCCGCGCACCGGCCGACGGACGCCGCGGCGCGGCGCGGCGGCGGCAACAACAACAUGCUCACCCGGGUCAAGACGGCCGUGGCCGGGUUCAUGGGUGGGAUUAUGACCGGGGGAGGCUCCGGCGGGGGCGGGAAUUCGUCUUCGGAUUUGCCGCUGAAAUUUCCCUAUACGAGACCUGAGUUCCUGGGACUGUCCGCGGAUGAGAUCGAGUGCUCGGCGGACCACAUAGCCCGGCCCAUCCUCAUCCUGAAGGAAACCAGGAGAUUACCGUGGGCCACCGGAUACGCUGAGGUGAUCAAUGCUGGUAAGAGUGCAUUGAACGAGGACCAGGCCUGCUGCGAGGUGGUCGUGGCCAGAAGGAGACCGAUGAGCUACUGUCCCCCGUCCACGCCCAGCAAGACCCCGACGGCCAAAAGACGCAACUCGCUCCCCAACGGCGAGGCCCUGGGCCUUCGAGUGGAACACCUGAUGGGCGAGGAGGGCGAAGGGCUCGUUUUCCACUACUGGGCUUUGUUCGACGGUCACGCCGGCUCCGGCGCGGCGGUCGUCGCCUCCCGCCUGCUGCAGCACCACAUCGCCUGCCAGCUUCAAGCCGUCAUAGAGAUCCUGCGCAACUUCCACUCGCCGCCCCCCACCGUGCUGGGCGAGGAGCCCGACAGCAGCCCCUACCUGCAGGGAAACGCCCCGGGGCCGCAGCGCGCCCUGACGCGGGCCGCCUCGCUGCGGGGGGCCGCCGGCGCGCCGAGCUCACCGAGCAGCACCCCGCCUCCGCCGCGUUUCUACAUGGAGAAGAAGGUCCAACACGAGAGCCUGGUGAUCGGAGCAAUAGAGAACGCCUUCAAGGAGAUGGACGCCCAGAUCGAGAGGGAGAAACAAGCGUACAGCAUCAGCGGCGGAUGCACGGCGCUCGCCGUGGUUUACCUGCUGGGGAAGUUGUACGUCGGGAACGCAGGCGACAGCAGGGCCAUCAUCAUUAGAGACAACGAGAUCGUGUCCAUGUCGACGGAGUUCACGCCAGAGUCAGAACGGCAGCGACUGCAGUUCCUGGGCUACAUGCAGCCGCAGCUGUUAGGGAACGAGUUCACGCACCUGGAGUUCCCCCGCAGGGUCCAGAGGAAGGAGGUGGGCAAGAGGAUGCUCUACAGGGACUUCACCAUGAACGGAUGGGCGUACAAGACUGUUGAGGACGAAGACCUCAAGUUUCCCCUUAUUUACGGCGAAGGCAAAAAGGCGCGGGUCCUGGCGACCAUCGGAGUGACCCGGGGGCUCGGUGACCACGACCUCAAGGUUCAUGACUCCAACAUUUACAUCAAGCCGUUCCUGUCCUGCAUUCCUGAGGUGAAGGUGUACAACCUGACGCAGCACGAACACGGGGCCGACGACGUCCUGGUGAUGGGAACCGACGGCCUCUGGGACGUCCUGACCAACGAGGAGGUAGCCGAAGCCGUCUGCACUUUCCUGUCCAACUGCGACCCCGACGACCUGCACAGGUACACGAUGGCGGCGCAAGACCUGGUGAUGCGAGCGCGGGGCGUGCUGAGAGACAGAGGCUGGAGGAUCACCAACGAGCGGCUGGGCUCCGGAGACGACAUCUCCGUCUUCAUCAUCCCCCUGAUGUACGGCAACCGGCAGCCCUGACCCGGUGUCCGCGGGGCGGCCCGUAACCGUGAACCGGACCGAUAAGUCCUGAACACUGAAAGCUCCUUCUGAUUACCUAUUUUAUUUAUUUCCCUUUUUUUUAAAGAAAACAAAACAAAAAUGAAGGAGUAAAGUAAACACAAAGAGACUCUGCCGGUUUAAAAUGGAAGAAACUGAUAUUUGAAGGUUUUAAAAGGCGGCGAUGCACACGACUACAUGAAAUGAGAGGGUGGGGGAAGAAAAACUGUUUCUUAUCCUGCUUUUCUCGCCCUUUUUUUCUCUCCCGUCCUGUUUGGUCGAUCUCAUUUCAAGAAUCAUACCUCAGUCGUCUGGACUUGGACCCAGCUGACAGGUCGGCUGCUUUUUGUGGCGUUUGAAGGUUCAGUUGCUGGUGAACGCUAAUGAAUCAACAUUUGGGACAUUAUGUGCGAAAGUUGGUUCUAAAGUUUACACUGCUGGGCUCAUAUACAGUUUGGUUGGUAUUUGUCUACGUUUUUUUCUUUUCACUGUUUUACACACUAUCUGACAUGAGUUAAUGUUGUUUGACGAUGCACUUUAUUCAUUUUUUUAAAUCAUAUUUCUUAUUUGCUUUUCAUUGUUAAAGUGUCCCAAGCACUUUGAGCUUUUUCCCAUUUUCUCAUGUUACAACAACAAACUGCUCUGCAUUUGGAUGGAAUUUUAUUCAAUAGACCAACACAAAGUUGCUGUUUGAUACAAUGAUGCUGCCACCGCCGUGUCAUACCAUGGGAGUGGUGUGUUCAGGGUGACGGGACAAAAAUUUAAAUUUAGCUUUCUGUACUAGAUUCGAGUCUGGACUUGGAUUGAGCCUUUUAACAGGAACACUUCCCUGUCCCCUGUGGAUUAAAGCAUCCCCACAGCAUCAUGCUGCCACUACUAUGUUUCGCCAUUGUACUCUUCCAUCCUUUUUCUAUUUAUAAGCUUCCAUAUUCCACUCCUUUUUAAUACAAAAUUAACCAAAACAAUGUAUGAAUACUUUUGAUCCAAAAAUCAGGGUCUUGCAAAACAACUUUUUUUUCUCUUAACCUGACGUCUACUGAACUGUUACUCCUCGUUUUUUUUUGUAUUUUUCCUUCCUCAGUGUCGGAUUUUCUUGUUACCUUUCGAAGUGAUUUAGAGCUGUAGCUUUCCAGGCUUCCUGAAAGCCUUUCAAAGAUUUUGAUUUUAUUUUUGUCUGCUGUUCAGUCAUUAAUGCUCCGACACCUGAUCUAUUUAUCUAUUUAUACGUACCGCGUUUUUUGGGUUUGGUUGAGCUUUUUAGAAUGAUUCAGAGUUUGCUUGUGUCGAAAAAGCUCUAAAGAAAUCCUAUGAAUCACUGGUUAAAGACAUCCGAAUUCAAACUUUCACAAAUGGCUGGGGAAUUUCUUCUUAGGACCAAAGGAAAAGCGGAAAAAAAGUGAAGUUUUUGUACAUUUCAAAAUCAGUCAUACAAAUACACAUUUUUCUUUUCGUGCCAAUCUAAGCCAACCAAAAGUUGUCGCAUCAAAUUUCCAUCGGUAUAUAAAUCCCUACAAUGACUCCAUGUUGGGCUGAAUGACUUGCGUACCAGUGUAGUUGCACUAAAGAGCCAAGAUAUGAAAAGCGUGGAGGCAAAUAUUCCCUGCAGCAGGGAGAAUGUGAUAACUAAACCUAAAAUACCAUCAAGUUUUUUUUUUGUUUGUUUUUGUUUUCCUGUUUUGCUCUGUUUUAUGUUUUCAGAAGCUGUAGGUCGACGCUGCCUCGCCUGAAAGUAUCUCGAUGUGUGGAUGUAGUUUUAGUACAUGCAGUAAUUUAUUUUAGGCCUGGGAUGAGCGAUGGUGCAAUGGUUAAAUUUUGCCAUUCCAUUUUUUUUAUGGGAUUUUUAUUUAUGUGAUGCAUCUCGUAAUUUCUGUUGUGAAUGUCCCAACAAGAUGUUUAUAAGACCGUUGGAUUUCCAGUAGCUUUGGAAGUAUCCAGAAAUUUCUUGCAAAAGCUACAGGAUGACAAAAAAAGAAAUUGCUAACGGGUUUGUACAAUCCUAAUAUAGACCAUUUUUGCAUGCUUGUGUCAGUUUGAGUUUAUUUUCUGGGCUUUGAGGAGAACUGAGUCUAAAGAGUUUAGCAGAAGACAAGAGAAGCAUCCAUUAACAAAAAAAAAGCUAAUUGCUAAGUUUUAAAAUUAGCUUAUUUUUUUUCUUUUAAAUUGAGAAAAAUGUUUUUAAAUUCCAAAUGAAUAACCAUUCUAAGAAAAAAAUAAAAAUCAGUCAAUAAUAAACCGAUUAUUAAUGCUAGAGCAUCUGCAGACAAUGAAACAUAUGAAAGAAAUAAGGCUGUAAAGCUAAUGGCAUUAGCAGCUUAAAGUUGACGAGUUUAAAAAAAAGGCCUUUUUGAUGGACUUUUGUUCAAUCGUUGAUGGUUACCAUGGUGAAACUAAAGUAUCAAUACACUCUAAAAAUGUACAAUCGUUUCUCAUAGUCAAUAAACAGAAAUUUUGACUAAAAUUUCAACAAGCAGACGUUUCUCUUGAUGUAGCUUAGACCAGCUCUUUUAACUUAAUUUUGCAGAUUGUGACCUUGAAAUAAACUUUUUUUUUCAUCCUGUUCCUUAUCUGUUAGAGUAUAAUGAUACAAGGUGUAUUACUCCCUCAAAAUAUUACAGCAAAAUAGCUGUGUAGUUUCUUAUUUAGAUAAAAAUGUUUAACCCUUUGAGCGAGAAAGGGUAAAUGAACAACAAAUAAUACUUAGCUAAUUUGAAACACACUAAAAUGUCAAGAUUGUAGAUCCAAAGUGUGUUUUCAAAACCAUCUCCAAAAAUUAGUUGCAAAGCCGACAAUUGUAAAGAAAGUUUCAGCAAGCUGCUGCUUAGCUCAAUGUAGCUUAGCUCAUUUUAGCUAGCUUACCAUAGUUUGGGCCUCAGAUUGCGAUGAGGCUAAGCCAAACUUUUUAUAGUCUUUGCGAUGAACAGAACUUUGAACUCAGAAAUGUAUUUUCAAAGUUGUACUGUGUCUGAACAAUAAUCUGAAAUCGUUAUCACCAUAAAACCAUCAGGUGCUUGGCUUAAAAUGUCCUGGCAUAGCUUAUUUUAGCUAAUUUAACUUCGUUCAGCAUUCGGUUGAACUAUUUAUUGAGUUUAGUUCAUUUCUUAUGAAUGCACUUAAAAUCAACGGUCCGUGCUCCUUCUGCUGUCCGAUGUUUGUUGCACUGAAAUUAACCGUCUCAGACAUCCCUCCCCCCCCCAACAUAACUGAAACCAUCUGCAUUACAUCAAAGCAGCAGCUGUUUUGUAUUUCCUGCGCUCCGCUUGUACCUUUCAUUGAAGAAAUCCCAUUUGUUAAUUUGCGACAUGUUUAUAUUGCGCCCUGGCUCAUCUGAAAGUGAUCGAGACCCUUUUCUCAGAGGAAUGUGAAGUACGACUAAUUUGUGUCAUCACCCAACUUCUUGCACAUCGGCUCAGGCUCGGCUGUGAUUUGCCAUUGUUUGGUUUUCUGAACCCAGUCGUUCACGAGUCUUUAAUCCAGUUCCAUCUACCUGAUUGUUGUCGUUUUUGCUGUAUUAUAAUCGCUGUUCUGUUUCUUCCCUAUGUAACACUACCAGGUUAGGAAACUUGUGAAGCUGAGGGGGAUUUUUUUCUUUUUUGUAGCAAAGGUCGACUUUGAGGCCUAGUCGGGGGGGAGGUUGUUGGCCAACUAUCGUGCCACCCUCACUUCAGUGUGAUUUUAUAAGGAACACGACCUCAUUGAGAGAUAAACUACUAUUUUGAUGUCUCCUCACACAAGCUUGACGUCGGAAGGAGGCCAGCGAUGUUUACCUUCGGUGUUUCUUACCCAGGAAUCAAGAAAAAAAAACGACAAUAAAGAUCCAUGUCAAACAAUGCAA